AUGUGGGAUGGAUCCUUUGAGGCGUUCGUGAAGGUCCAGAAGACGAAGGCGUACUUCAAGCGCUACCAGGUGAAGUUCCGCCGCAGGCGCGAGGGCAAGACCGACUACCGGGCCCGCAAGAGGCUUAUCUGCCAGGACAAGAAUAAGUACAACUCGCCGAAGUACAGGCUCGUCGUUCGCUUCACCAACAAGUUCGUGCUGGCGCAGAUCAUCUACGCCACCAUCCAGGGGGACGUAUGCAUGUGCCAGGCCUCCUCCACCGAGCUCCCCCGGUACGGCUGCAAGGUUGGGCUCAAGAACUACGCCGCGGCGUACUGCACCGGGCUCCUUGUUGCCCGCCGCCUGCUCCGUCAGCUGGGCCUCGACGAGGCAGACGACGAGAAGAAGAUGGAAAACCUCUACACCGGUCAGGGAGUUGGCGUGGAAGAGGACGGCGACGACGACGAGGACGAGGUCGACGGAAACGACGGAACCGACGGGCUACGGGUGGUCAAGUCCGAGUCUAACGGACGCACGUACUACGUCGACGAGGUGGACGAGGAAAAGCGGCCGUUCAAGGCCCUCCUUGAUGUCGGCAUCCGGUCCACAUCCACCGGCAACCGCGUGUUCGGCUGCAUGAAGGGCGCCGCAGACGGUGGUCUGGACGUGCCCCACAACGAGAAGCGUUUCCCCGGCUACGACCGCGACACCAAGCAGUACGAUGUGAGUGAAGACGAGGCCAAGUACAAGGAGCACUUCGCGUCGUACAUCGAGAACGAGCUCACGUUCGAAGACAUCGAGGACAUGUACAAGGAGACCCACAAAGCCAUUCGCGAGGACCCCUCUCCGGCGCCGAAGACGGCCUUCACGCCGGACAAGUCCUUCAAAAACGCGGUCAAGCUCACCUACGCCCAGCGCAAGGAGAGAGUCGCCGCCAAGAAGGAAGAGAUCCGCGCGGCCCGCGCUGCGGAGGACGAGUAGACGAUACCUUCCCGCGCCCCUAUCGUGUGGUCGGUUGCAGUAGCACCUCGUCGGUCGUGUGUCGUUUUUGGUGCGCGUUCGUGUUGGGAGCCUGUGGCCGUUCCCGGGGGGGGGGGGCGACUUGCCGUUGUCCUGUGGUGGGAAUUCGGCCUGUGCUCUGCUUAUGACGGCGAAAGAAUUGUGAUGGUUCACGGGGAUGUUGUGGUGUCACUGUCCCAGGAGGACUUGACAAACGCAUCAACGGCUGAAAAUUAAUGAUCUGAGCUAAAACGAAUCCGGAGUUGAGUGAACUCCACAAUUUCGUCUUUUCCUCCAUGCGAAUCGUCUUCGUCGCGGCAAUCCCGGCUUUCGUUCAUAAUUUUAUGCCGGUGUUUGCUCCCGUGAAACCGGAAUCUGGAUAUGAAGCGCCAGCCGUGCGUUCGUUCCUCACAAAAGCACAGCGCCGCCUACGACGCUGCUGGCGUCAAGACAAAAAGAAGGCGUAUGUACGCUUUGACGCAUGCAGUAGACACCGCGAUAUCCUGUUGUCCCGACACAUUACGCGAACCUCGUUUCUUCGGAGUGUCACACCUUUCGCGAGGAGCCCCCGCCGCACAGACACGACACCUCUAGAGUCCGGGGAUCUCACCCCCUGGCGUUGAAACUGCGGGCACGGAGACUCUCUCUUAUCGCUUG